GUCCAGAUCGUGAGAUUCGUCACUCAUAUCAGUCUUAAUUCUUUCUUUUUCAGUUUAUCCUUUUAAUCUCAUCUAUUGUUUAUAUACUGUAAAAUAGAAACCUUUACUAACGAAAUAUAGUUUUACUUAGCAAACCACAAAACUGUGGUGUGUAUUACUGACGUAGCCAGUUGAUAUUAUCUCUUGCAAUGGUAGCUUGCCAAACAGCUUUUCUUCCCCACCUGAGAGUGCAUCUGUAACGAUGUGACACGUCGAAAUUGUCAAGCCAUCGUUACUUUCCCUCGCGUGCACUGCGAUUCGAGGCUAUUACUCAAUCUGCCGUUGUGCAAAGAAUCGUCUACAAGUCGGCAAUGUUUCUCAACGGUAGUCAAUGAUUUGCGAGUGCUCAUGUCGGUCGUAUUGUAAGAGCAGACUUCGUAUGUAAGCUAAGUGAGAAGUGUUAUGUGCUCGGAUAUUGUGUUGUGAUGGUGGAGCGUGACGGUAUGCGGCGUGGCAGCAGUGGCGGCUGCGGAUGGGGUGGCGGCUUGUUGGGACGCUGGUCCCUGCGCAGGCUGCUUCUGGACAGUCCUUUGGUGGGCAGGAGGCUUGCACAUACAGUUCUGGAUCAGGCGGAGUCGAGGCCGGCCAAGUCCAGUGCAGUCGAACAUCAGAGCAAACAUACACAAACUACGGUGGAACUUAUAGCGGAAGACGACGAAGGUGAUAUAUUAGAAUGUCCGCUGUGCCUGUCGGCGGUGUGCGGCGCGGGCGCGGUGCGGCUGGCGUGGUGCGCGCACCGGUGCUGCGAGCCGUGCCUGCGCCAGUACCUCGCCAUCGAGAUAUUCGAGGCGCGCGUGCCGGUCAACUGUCCGGUGUGCCACGAGAACAUGCACCCGCUAGACGUCCGGCGCAUCCUCGACAACCCUGUGUUGUACGAGAAGUACGAGGAGUUCUCUGUGCGGCGCGCCCUCGCCGCCGACCCCGACACCAGGUGGUGCCCCGCGCCCGACUGCAGUUUCGCAGUGGUGGCGACGGGGUGCGCUUCGUGCCCGAAGCUGACGUGCCUGGCGCCGGGGUGUGGCGCGUCGUUCUGCUACCACUGCAAGGCGGCCUGGCACCCCACGCAGACCUGCGACGCCGCCCGCCGCAGCCGCCAACCGCAGCCCCGCGCCCCGCAACCCUCGCACGCGGACCUCGACCAUGGUGAGGUGAAACCGUGCCCCCGCUGUUCCGUGUUGAUCGUGAAGGUGGAGGACGGCUCGUGCAACCACAUGGUGUGCUGCGUGUGCGGCGCGGAGUUCUGCUGGCUCUGCAUGAAGGAAGUCUCAGAUUUGCACUACCUCAGCCCGUCCGGGUGCACGUUCUGGGGCAAGAAGCCGUGGUCGCGCAAGAAGAAGCUGCUGUGGCAGCUGGGCACGCUGGCGGGCGCGCCGCUCGGCAUCGCCGUGGUGGCGGGCGUGGCGCUGCCCGCGCUGCUCGUGGGCCUGCCGCUGUGGGCGGGCCGCCGCGCCCACCGCCGCCUGCGCCGCGCCUCGCCCGCCCGCCGCCGCGCCGCCGUGGCCGCCGCCGUCGCCGCCGCCCUGGUGGUGUCCCCGCUGGUGGCGGGCCUGGCGGUGGGCAUCGGCGUGCCCAUCCUGCUGUUCUACGUGUACGGCGUCGUGCCCGUGUCGCUGUGCCGCGCCGGCGGCUGCGCGCCCCCCGCGCCCCCCCGCCCGCACCGGUUCGACGACCCCGAGCCCGACAACGCCUCCCGGAGACUGGAGCCCAGCAUAGGUGACGCGUCCCUGUCGGCGGGCAGUGCGCACGCGGAGGCGCGCGCCCCCUCGCUGGCCGCGCUGGCGGGCUCCCUGGGGGGCCCCUCCGCGCCCUCCCCCUCCCCCGCGCCCGCGCGCCGCCUGCAGGUCACCGCCGACGUGCUCGACCCCGCGCCCUCCACCUCCUCCUCCUCGUCCACCGCCGCCUCUUCCACCGCGCGCCUGCGCAGCCUGUUCCUGUACGGAGCCGCCGCGCCCGCGCCCGAGCCCGACCUCGAGGCCGGCGCGUGCCCCGCGCCCCCCUCCCCGUGCCCCUGCCCCGCGCCCGCCCCCGCCCCCCCCCCUGCGCCCUGGACGUCGGCGACGACUCGUAACCGAGGAGCCUGGCCCGGCCGGCGCCGUCCCCCUGUGCUCCCUCGGGCCCGCCCGUCCUGAGCUGCGACGUUCCGAGUGGUCCAUUGAACAUUCACGAUUCUCUGGUGUGGCGCGUUCGAGAUGAAUCUUAAUUUUUGAGCACGAGACUCUGGUGCGAAAUCGACCGGGACGCCGCGGCGAGCGAAGCUCGUCCGUAUGUCGUCUGGAACGUCGAAGUUCAGACCGCCGGUUCUCGGGCCCGGCGGGUGUCGGCGGUUCCCGGGCCGCGCGUGUGUGCGUCGGCGUGGGCCGUGGCUGAUGUUCUCCGGCACGAUAUCCGUGCCGUUGCGUGCCGUUCGUCCGACGAUCGCGGACUUUGUGCCAAUGUAGGAGGGGCCCGGGGCGGAGGGGAGGAGGGAUGGGCCGCGCGCCCGUCGGCCGGACGUCCGCGGGCCGCUGAGAUAGAUGCUUCGCGCUUCCAGUGCAGUGUUAUUCUAUCCGAUAUUUGUGAUACUUUGAAUAAUAAUUACUAUUAAUGAUCUAAAUUAUUUAAUUUUUCACGUUUGUAGGCAAAAGUAACGAUAAGCGAUGAAUAUUUACGUUGUGAAUUAUAUAAAUGUAAACAAUUAUUAAAAUGUGAUUAUAACUAAAUAUUUCUUUCAUUACAUUGUAUCUUGUAUAUCAA